AUGCGAAUGUUGAGAUUCACUCUGGGUCUCACACGGAAAAACAGAAUAAGGAAUGAGACGGUGAGGGACAUGCUAGCAACAAGAAAGCUUGGGGAGAAGUUAAGAGAUCGGAGACUGAGAUGGUUUGGCCACAUGAAGAGAAGGGAACAGAAUUACGUGGACAGAAGAAUGUCACAGAUGGCACCACCAGGAAAGGGGCGUAAAUGCAGACCGAAAAGGCGUUUUAUGAACAAAAUCAGAGAAGAUAAGAUGCAAGUAUGUGCUGCUGCGGAGGACACACAUGACAGAAAGAAAUGGAAAAAGCUGACGUGCUGUGGAGACCCCUGA